AUGGUUAUCGCUGGUGCAGGUGAUGUGCAAGGCCCAACAACACGAGGUGUAGCAAUAUUACAGCUGAAGUCAACGCACGAGGCAGAUUUUUCGAUUCAAGUCAAUGCUUUCGUGUUGACAAAAAUUACAGUAGAUUUGCCUACUCAUCGUAUAGGCAUCGAUCGAUGGCGACAUUUACAAGGAUUAUCUCUAGCAGAUCCAAAUUUCGGUAGUCCAGGUGAGAUCGACUUGUUGAUUGGAGCUGACGUCUGGGGCUUAAUAAUCAAAGAUGGACUUAUAAAUGGCGAAGCAAAUCAACCUCAUGCGCAGAAUACACAUCUUGGUUGGGUAGUUUCUGGACCAGUGGACUUAAUACAUUGUAACUUGGCACAAAGUAUGCAUGUCCGAGGAAACGAAAAUCUGGAGGAGGCUCUUACACGUUUCUGGCUGUUAGAAGAACCAACUUUGUCAAAAGUCGACACUCACACAGAUGAAUGCGAGCAGCAUUAUGAAGCAACAGUUCAUCGACAAGACGAUGGCCGGUAUGUAGUCAGCAUACCCUUUUUGAAGGAAGAACCGACACUUGGUGACUCACGUCGAAUGGCAAUGCAGCAGUUCUAUCGAAACGAGAGGCGACUACAUUCUGAUCCCGAUCUAUUGGCAAAAUACGUACAAUUUAUGCGUGAGUAUGAGGCAUUGAAUCAUAUGGCAUUAUACGAAGGCGAAGUGGGCGAAGGUACUCCGUCAUACUACAUUCCUCAUCAUGCAGUCACAUCUAAAUUUCGAGUUGUGUUUAAUGCUUCGGCUAAAUCAGACAACGGUGUGUCCCUCAACGACACGCAACACAUCGGUCCUGUAAUACAGGAUAAAUUGGCUAACAUCAUUCUACGAUUCAGGCUAUAUCGUGUGGCAGUGGUGGCGGACAUCGAGAAGAUGUUCCGUCAAGUUUUGGUGCAUCCAAAUCAACAAAAGUGGCAGCUCAUAUUAUGGCGAGAAAAUCCGAAUGAUCAACUCAACACUUAUCGAUUGACGACGGUGACAUAUGGCACCCGCUCUGGACCUUACUUGGCUGUGCGCACUCUACACCAAUGUGCUCGAGACAACUACUCCAUUAUUAAACAAGAAGCAGAGGCGAAUGAAGCAAGGCAUAGCAUCGAGAAAGAUUUUUAUGUGGAUGACUACCUUUCAAGUGCUCCCACCCCAGCGAUCGCAAUUCGUCGAUCGAAAAAUGUAGAUCAUGUUCUACAACAAGGCCACAUGCAUCUUCGAAAGUGGCAAUGUAACAACAAAGCAGUCGUUCAAGCAAUCAUUGGCCAAAGCGACUCAGGCUUGCAAUGGGAUAGUGAGUUUGACAAGUUGUCAUUCGACAUCACUUUAGACGAGGCUACGACACGCACAAAACGAACGUGUCUUAGCGACAUUGCGAAGCUCUAUGACCCGACGGGAUUGUUAGCACCAGUUGUCAUUAAAGCAAAAAUAUUUAUGCAGAGGCUAUGGUUGGCAGGCGUUGGUUGGGACGAAGAGAUUCCAAAUGAGCUCCUCCAAGAGUGGUCAGUUUUUCGGCAUGACUUGUUCCAAUUGGUAAAUCUGGCAAUUCCACGACACAUUGGAAUGCAUCCAGGGCAGCAAACAACUCUGCACGGUUUCUGUGAUGCAUCGCAAUGCGCAUAUGCGGCAGCUAUCUAUGUGCGCACCAUCGAUGAGUUUGGCCAGGUGACAGUCCGGUUGCUCGCAUCCAAGACCCGAGUUGCCCCGGUGAAGACAAUCUCAAUUCCUAGGCUCGAGCUUUGUGGUGCUCAAUUAUUGGUGACAACAAUAAACACGGUACGAGAGGCGAUGGAAAUGAUGAAUGUGGAAUAUUUUCUGUGGACCGAUUCAACAAUCGUUUUGGCAUGGCUACGACAACUCCCAGUCAGAUUCAAACCAUACGUAGCGAACAGGGUGAGUUACGUACAACAGAAUAGUGACCCGUCUGCAUGGCAUCAUAUUCCUACGGCACAUAACCCAGCAGAUUGUGCUAGUCGAGGAUUAACACCUUCGCAGAUACAAGCUCAUACACUCUGGUGGACGGGCCCUGGUUUUCUUCAACAAGGCAAUCUAUACAAUACGGCAAGUGAACCGUUAUGCUCACAAGAUGAUCUUCAAAACUUACGGCAGGAAGAGAGGUUACCGGUUGUGACUUAUACACGCAUUGAGAAUAUGGGCUUGCUCAUGACGCGACGACGAGAUGGUCUCGCGAUCAAUUUCCUGGAUCGAACGAAUUCCCUCACGAAGAUAAAACGGAUUAUGGCUCACAUACUUUACGCACUUUAUGCUGGCAGCAAGAAGCGAGUAACAUACGGUUCCGAAAUAUGCAGUGUGGAACGAUUACAUCAGGCAAUGCAAGUAUUAACACGGUUAGAUCAAAGGCAAUGGUUCAAACGUGAUAUAGAAUUAUGCAAUCAGGCGAAGAACUUACCAGGCUCUAGCACACUCAGUUCAUUGAAUCCAUUUAUCGAUGAAGGCAACAUUUUGCGAGUUGGAGGCCGGAUCAAACGGUCGACAUUGGAUGCGAAUCAAAGGUUUCCAAUUAUCCUAUCGAGAGAAGGCAAACUAGCAUAUAUGAUUGUGGCUGAAGUACAUCGCACAACUUUACAUGGUGGUGUGCAAUUAAUGUUGCAGAUCAUUCGACAAACGCAUUGGAUCAUAGGAGGCCGGGCACUUGUAAAAUCAUACAUUCACAAAUGUGUCACAUGUCGCUUACAACGAGGCAAGGUAGCAAGGCAGCGAAUGGGUGAUCUACCAAAGUAUCGUGUUACUCGACAUCGUCCAUUUCUCAUCACAGGCGUAGAUUAUUGUGGUCCAUUCCUGCUACGUCUAGGCGCAAAACGAUCAAGGACUAUAACUAAAACGUACGUUGUUAUUUUUGUAUGUUUAGCGACUAAAGCGGUUCAUAUUGAACUAGCGACCGACUUGUCAACUGAGGCAUUUUUAAACGCAUUUGCAAGAUUCACAAGCAGACGAGGGCCGUGUGAACAACUCCAUUCAGACAAUGGCACAAAUUUCCAGGGUGCAAAUCGUCGUAUGAAAGAGGACUUAGAGGCAUGGCACUGCGAGCAUGUGAAGGAACAAUUGACGCAUCGUGGUACAACGUGGCAUUUCAUACCACCAUCAGCCCCCCAUCAAGGUGGCAUAUGGGAGGCAGCUGUGAAGUCAGCAAAAAGGCAUAUUGUACGAGUAGUUGGCAGUCAAACUAUGAGCUAUGAACAAUUUAAUACUUUGCUCAUCCGAAUUGAGGCUUGCUUGAACUCUAGGCCAUUGGUGGCUUUGUAUGAUGAUCCAGACGACAAGCUAGCAUUAACACCAGGCGAUUUUCUUACGGGUGGUCCAAUUAUCGCUCUACCUGAACCCACAGUCAUGAAUUUACCAUUGAAUCGCAUUAAGGAAUGGAAUUUAGUUCGAAGAUGGACUGAAGAUAUAUGGCAACGUUGGCACCAGGAAUACCUAACAACCCUACAACAAAGAAGCAAGUGGCGCAAGGCAGAAGAAAACAUUAAAGUCGGUGAUAUUGUGGCAAUUAAGCAAGAUAAUUUACCACCGACACAUUGGUGUCUUGGUCGAGUUACUGUGGUACAUCCAGGUGAAGAUCAGUUAGUUCGUGUAGUAACGACUCAACAUUAUGACAAGGCAACGGGUCGAACUUUUACAAAACAACGGCCAAUACAAAAAAUCUGCAUACUUCUCACAGAGGAAAAUUCAGAAACCGGUGUUUCAGAGGAGGCCGAUGGCGGUGAUGACUACGACGUCUAUGACGGCAACGAGGACGAGGUCGACGAGGAUGAGGACAUCAUAUCACAUGAGGAUCGAAGUAGCUCAACGAUUUAA